UGCAAUGCCUAGUCUCCUCCUUUGGUUCUUGAGCUUCCUGGUCCUUUCCCUUCAGGAAUCCAAGUCUUCUGCUGACGAUGAUACUGUAGUAGUCACCAGCAGUGGCCCUAUCCGGGGAAAGCAUCUCCCAGCUGGCUCAAAAGCAGUCACAGCCUAUCUGGGCAUCCCCUAUGCAGAACCCCCCGUGGGGAAAUUGCGUUUCCAGAAGCCUGUUCCCCAUAUGCCAUGGAGCCACAUCCUGGAAGCCACCAACUUUGGCAAUUCAUGCCCCCAAAUACUCAUGCCGGCAGCCACUCCUGAUGCCGAAAUAUACAAUGCCAACACACCCCGUUCAGAGGACUGUCUUUUCCUCAAUGUCUGGGUCCCCAGUCCCCGGCCUCCAACACCAGCCGCUGUUCUUGUCUGGAUCUAUGGUGGGAGUUUUUUUGUUGGCACAACUUCCCUGAUUAUAUAUGAUGGGGCAUUCUUGGCUGCCACCGAGAACGUCAUUGUGGUCUCCAUGAAUUAUCGCCUAGGAGCUCUAGGCUUCCUUUCAUUACCACCAGCCUCCCCAGGAAACAUGGGCCUGUUGGACCAGCAGUUGGCCCUGAAAUGGGUGAGGGAGAAUGCAGCUGCCUUUGGAGGAGACCCUACUCAAAUGACCAUUUUUGGCCAAAGUGCUGGAGGAGCGGCUGUCAACUAUCACCUCCUCUCACCAGGGAGUCAGCCUCUCUUUGACCGUGCAGUGUUGCAGAGUGGGACAACCAUUGCCCCCUGGGCUUGGGUGAGUCCUGAGGAGGCAAAGAGGAGAGCUCUGGUCUUGGCCCAGCUGAUGGGCUGUGCACAGAAUGACAGCAGUGCCAUAGUGAAUUGCUUGCAGGAAAAGGGAAUGGAAGAAUUCCAAACUUACCUGUUCUCAGUUGUGGAUCCCACGAUUGUUUUGAACCUUCCCUUUGUACCAACGACAGAUGGAGAUUUUCUUCCUGAUGACCCACAGAACCUGGUGGAGUCCAGGCACUUUCAGUCUAAACCUAUUAUGAUUGGGACCACCUCUGACGAAGGGUCCAUCUUUAUCUCCUACACUGCUCCUUUCUUAUGUACAUCCAACGAAUGCCUUUUGACCCAGGAGAAGCUCUUGGAGGGGCUGAAGAUGAGUGUACGCAAUGCAACCGAUGACUUCAUCCAAGCCAUUGCUCAGAGGUACAGAGAAGCGGAACCAGAGGGCCCAGCACGGUAUCGUUCCGCCUUGUCCCAGGCCUGGCGUGAUUACUUCUUUGUUUGUCCAGCAAAUGAAGUUGCCACAGAGUCUGCAAAGACCGGAAGCCCUGUUUAUGCUUACACUUUCACCCACCGCAGUAUUGGCUCUGUCUGGCCUGAAUGGAUGGGGUCAACCCAUGGAUCUGAGGUCCCAUACCUUUUUGGGACUCUGACGUUAAUACCGGGAACCAAUGAAACUCAUACAGAGGCGGAGUUAGCGCUAAUCCCCCGAGUGAUGCGUUACUGGGCGGAGUUUGCUAGAAGCGGCAAUCCCACCCCUUCAGAUGUUGGUGAGACAAAAUGGCCGCUCUACAACCCUGCAGAGCCGAACAUCUUUCGCAUUAGCACAGAGCCACCUGAAGUCAUGAAGCCCUCGCCCGCUCGGCACUGCAGUUUCUGGAAGGCACUCUUAUCAGAGGCAUCGAGUCCAUACCAGCCUCCACAAGAUUCUGUUUCAUCCAGCCCAGAAGGAAAUAGGAAUCAAAAACUGUGA